GAGGAUGGAGCCAGCUGACUGCAGACGACGCACAAGUCUGGCAACGAUGCGGUCCCUUCAGAGCAUUUACAGUCUUUUCUUGGCCCCAGUACGGUUAAGACCAUCCCUGGAGAUAGUCAGGCUCACUGGGAUGUACACCAUACCUAAAAGGGAAUACUCUCAGGAGUUUCUUCAUAAGUGUUACCAAGAUCACAGGGCGUUAUGGGAGAGUAAAAAGAUGCCAGAUGACGUCAACCCUAAAGCAGUAUUUGGCAGCAAUGAACUUGACCUCCGAGAUAUUAAAGUUUACGGCUUCGACUAUGACUACACCUUAGCCAAUUAUGAAGUAGCUGUCGAGACCCUGAUAUAUGACCUGGGGAAGAAUGUGUUGGUCUCCAAGUAUAGGUAUCCCGAGGAAAUCAAGUCACUGCAGUACAACCGGGACUUUGCGGUGCGGGGACUUCACUACGACAUCGAGAAAGGUUUACUGAUGAAGAUGGAUCAGUUUCAGAAGAUUCAGGUCGGGUCCAUAUACCGGGGCUUAACUUGCCUCAGCCGGGAAGACAUCCACGACAUCUACGGCACUCGGUCCUUGCCGCUGCACUAUGUCGAGGGACACUUGAGAGGCUCAUUUGGUGAGGAUUAUGCAGACACAUCAGUAGAACAUCUGGACAAGGACAAGAAGACCUCUUUAUAUAUGAUGGCAAGGGACGAGAUGAACCCACUCACUACACUUCAUUUCCACACCAAGAUGGCUCACCUGGCAGACCUCUUCUCUCUGCCUGAGAUGUGUCUCCUGAGUCAGGUGGCUCAAUACUUCCAUGAUCACAACCUUCCCUAUCACUCCGUCCCACUCUUCAAUGAUGUCAAGGCGGCCAUUGCCAGUAUCCACCCGGAGAUGCACCGAAUCGUUGGCCGGAACAUCAGCGAGUACCUGAUCAAGGACCCGAGCCUUGUAACAUUUUUCAACAGGUUAAAGGAACAUAAGAAAGAAAUCUUCAUCAUUACCAACAGUCCAUUUUAUUUUGUAAAUGCUGGAAUGUCGUACUUGUUGGGGGAUGAUUGGCGUGACUACUUCGAUGUAGUGGUUGCCAGCGCCAAGAAGCCUGCCUUCUUCACAGACAGCAUGAGGCCUUUCCGUGAACUCAACGAAGAAAUCCACAUACAAACUUGGGGUCCAGUGACUAGUCUGGAUAAAGGCAAAAUUUACUUGGAGGGUAACUUGAGGCAGCUGCAACAAAUGAAAGGCUGGCAGGGUCCCGAGGUGUUAUAUUUUGGCGACCACCCGUACAGUGAUCUGGCUGACGUCUCCCUCAACCACAGCUGGCGAACAGGGGCAAUCAUCUGGGAGUUAGAUUAUGAGAUCCAAUGCCUUAACUCUGAAGUGUACAAGAAGACGAGUGGGUGGCUGAUGAUCCUACAGUCACUGAUAGAGAGCAGCCAGGACUUUGAGGAGGAGGAGGCGCGGGAAAUAGUGAGGCAGUGGGAGAAAGAGCGGGAUGAACUGAG